AUGGCAGCACACACACUGGACUCCUACCUGCAGCUGGAUGGCGACGAGCCGCACACGCCGUGCGAGGACGGGCUAGCCUUCGAGCUGGACCUGGCAUCGCAGCGGCGGCUGCUGAUCCACACGCAGCCGAUCUACCUGAUCAACACGUCAAAGCUGCAGACGCCGCAGCAGCAAGUGGUGCGGCCGGAGGGCGGCACGCUGCUAGACACGCGGCAGUCGUCGAUCUUCUCUGCGCCGGGCCUGGGCGAGGACGCGCUGCACGUGCUGGACGCGGCGCUAACGCCGGCGUGCGCGGAGAAACUGCGCAUGCCGCGGAUCGUGCCGCGCGAGGAGCCGGACUACGGCGCGCUGGCCGCAGACGAGCUGCUUUUCGAGCUGUCAGCGCCGAUCCCGCUGGCACUGCCCGCAGGGCCGGCGCCUGGGCUGCUGGGGCCGUCCCUUGACUUGGGGCGCUUCGUGCAGGCGGCACACACGUUCCACGACGACGCGACGUGGGACUCGCCAGAGCAGUACGAGUUUGUGCACGCACUGACGUCGAAGCUGUCGCGCUACUGCGGCUACUUCGUGGCCGACUCGAAGGAGAUGGAGUACUUUGACAAGAUCCGCCUGCAGGAGGUGGAGUACCGCCUGUCAAAGACCUACUUCACGUGA